GCCGUCGAUUCACGACGUCAUUGCUCUGGAGCACCAAUCGUGUCUGGGCCCGUCCCCCCCGUAGGCCGCGACUCCCCACCCGAGGGCAGUGUUGACCUGGUGCUUUCGUCACUCGGGGUCUUGCAGCAUUUAGGUUUUCAGUCUCCGAGUCGCGCCCUGUGCCUGUCCAUCUAAGUUUCGGGGACGGGGGGGAGGGACGGGGGCACUGAGCCACAACCGCAGCUCCUGGGGCCUCGAUGAUGAGUGGGAGUGGGCACCGCAGUUUGGGUUUGGGGGCUGGCUUCGGGCCCCAGGUGCUUCAGGGCGACUCUGGCCUUAAGGGGACUUCCCGAAGCCUCUAGCUUUUGCGAGUUGUGUUUUCGGGCUCCGCCCCCGAAGUCUCCGGCUACUUGCUAUCCCACCUCCCGUCCCGCCUUGAGCCUCCGUAGGGGUCACACGCCUCAUUUGCCCCAGUUGUUCCCUCUAGGGACACCUCGGAGAGAUGGCAUAAUUUGCCAAACGUCCCGACCCUGGACGCGGCUAAGCUGGGGAUACUACAACUCCCAGAGAUCUUAGGGCCUCAGCGCUCUUGUCUGGCCUGGACUCUCUCGUUAGUGACAAAUCGGUCGGCCAAUGGGCUUCAAUAAGCUGAACCCAGUCUCAAUAUCUGAGACCAAUCGCGGGCUGGUUGGAGGGAUGUUUCCUAUUUUGAGGCAUCCACUCAGGGGGAAAAAAUGGAAUUGAAAGGGAAAAUGUUUCAACCCAGCUUUCAGUCUAAAAAAGGAGAGAACGCUUUCUUUUCUUUUAAAAAGAGAUUUGUGAUCUAGUUUUCCUGAUCUAGCUUCCAAUAUUCUCUAUGUUCUGUCAUUUGCGGACAAUAUUUCCUGGUUUCAGAUUGUCGAUGUUAUUGUUGGGAAAGACGAAAAAGGCAGAAAGAUCCCAGAAUAUCUGAUCCAUUUUAAUGGUUGGAACAGAAGCUGGGAUAGAUGGGCAGCUGAAGAUCAUGUCCUUCGUGACACCGAUGAAAAUCGGAGAUUACAGCGUAAAUUGGCAAGAAAAGCUGUAGCUCGCCUAAGCACAGGAAGAAAGAAGAAGCGCUGCAGGUUGCCCGGUGUUGACUCUGUCUUAAAAAGCCUCCCUGUUGAAGAAAAAGAUGAAAAUGAUGAAAACUCAAUAAGCAGUUCCUCUGCUGACAGUAGUGAAGAAAAGGAUGAAGAAAUAAGUGAAGAAAGUGAUAUUGAAGAAAAGACAGAAGUGAAGGAAGAACCAGAGCUGCACACAAAAAGGGAAAUGGAAGAAAGAACAAUAACUAUAGAAAUCCCUGAAGUUCUAAAAAAGAAGCUUGAGGAUGAUUGUUACUAUAUCAACAGGAGGAAACGGUUAGUGAAACUUCCAUGCCAGACCAACAUCAUAACUAUUUUGGAAUCCUACGUGAAACAUUUUGCUAUCAAUGCAGCCUUUUCAGCCAAUGAGAGGCCUCGUCACCAUCAUGCUAUGCCACAUGCCAAUAUGAAUGUGCAUUACAUCCCAGCAGAAAAGAAUGUUGACCUUUGUAAGGAGAUGGUGGAUGGAGUAAGAAUAACAUUUGAUUACACGCUGCCACUGCUUCUACUCUAUCCGUAUGAACAAGUUCAGUAUAAAAAGGUGACUUCAUCCAAGUUUUUCCUUCCAAUUAAGGAAAGUGCCACAAACAGUAACAGGAACCAAGAGGAGCUCUCUCCAAGCCCACCUUUGUUGAAUCCAUCCACACCGCAGUCCACGGAGAGUCAGCCCACCACAGGGGAGCCAGCUACCCCCAAACGGCGCAAAGCUGAACCGGAAGCCUUGCAGUCUCUGAGGCGGUCCACGCGCCACUCUGCCAACUGCGACAGGCUGUCUGAGAGCAGCGCCUCGCCUCAGCCCAAGCGCCGGCAGCAGGACACACCCUCCAGCAUGCCAAAGCUGUUCCUGCACCUGGAGAAGAAGACACCUGUGCAUAGCAGAUCAUCCUCACCGGUUCCUCUGACCCCCAGCAAGGAAGGGAGUGCCGUGUUUGCUGGCUUUGAAGGCAGAAGAACUAAUGAAAUAAACGAGGUCCUCUCCUGGAAACUUGUACCUGACAGCUACCCCCCAGGCGACCAGCCCCCUCCACCAUCUUACAUUUAUGGGGCACAACACUUGCUACGAUUGUUUGUGAAACUUCCAGAAAUCCUUGGAAAGAUGUCCUUUUCUGAGAAGAAUCUGAAGGCUUUACUGAAGCACUUUGAUCUCUUUCUUAGGUUUUUGGCAGAAUACCAUGAUGACUUCUUUCCAGAGUCUGCCUAUGUUGCUGCCUGUGAGGCACACUAUAGCACCAAGAACCCCAGGGCAAUUUAUUAAAGUUUUGAUGGUUCUAGAAGAACAACUUCUCUGUCUAGCUUUGUGCUCUAGGAUCCCAGUGAAGAUCUAGGGAGAAGGUGGACCUUCUUUACAGAGCUGGCAUGACACCCACCCCUAGGGGCGCUGGCAGAGGUGGGCCCAUUUGUUUGAGUUGCUUACAUACUAUAGUUAUUUCUGUUAAGGUUUAUUUCCUAGGUGCCUGACCAGCCUCCAGCAUGAGACCCUUGCCACCGUUCAUGUCAUCUGUGACAGCAGAAAAAGAGCAGCUGUGGUCACUGUGAAGCGUUAAUGAGAGAAUGUAUAGGUCAGGCUGUUUCAGUAGCUGUUGGAGUUAAUUCGUGAGCGAUGACCACAUUUUUUAGUUAUUUGUUAGCAUUAAGCGAAAUUGUUUUCCAAACUGUUUUCAUUCUUGUGAUGAGGCUCAAAAACUCGGUCCAACAAAUUUUAGUUUCGCUUGGAAAUCACAACGUAGUACCAAAAUAUUUUAGAGGGAAUUGAUACCGAAGGCAAAAGAAAAUUUGCAGUCACACAUUUGCUUGUUACAGCUCCUUUUCUCCAAAAUCUUAUUUUUGGUGAUCUAAAUAAAGUGUUGCCUCUCUUGUUUGAGAUUUUACAGCUAUACUUUGUUGUGUAAUGUUAUGGUUCCCUUUCUGUAAAACCUUAUUUUUGGUGAUCUAAAUAAAGUGUUGCCCAUCUUGUUGCAAAGAACCAGUUUUCA